UCAACUUGAGUUAAUUUCAGUUUGGCGACAAGUGUCAUUUGGCCAAAAUGAAUGAAACGGAGGGUAGGAGCAGCGUAGCUCGUUUGCUCGAUGCUCUCGAGGGUGAGUUAGUAGCAGGCAGUGAGAAAGGAGAUCCCACGGAAAAGCAACUGAAAGUCACACUGGAAGAUGCAAAUCUUUGGCAAAAAUUCAAAGCAGUCACCAACGAAAUGAUUGUCACCAAAAAUGGAAGGCGGAUGUUUCCAGUUCUGAAAAUAAGUGUAUCUGGACUGGAUCCAAAUGCCAUGUAUUCAUUCUUACUGGACUUUGUUGCUGCUGACAGUCAUCGUUGGAAAUACGUGAAUGGUGAAUGGAUUCCAGCUGGUAAACCAGAACCCCUGACACAGAGUUGUGUUUACAUCCACCCUGAUUCCCCUAACUUCGGGGCACACUGGAUGAAAGCUCCAAUCUCUUUCAGUAAAGUCAAGUUAACAAAUAAAGUCAACACUGGUGGGCAGGUAAUUCUAAAUUCUCUGCAUAAGUACAAGCCUCAAAUUCAUAUAGUGCGUGUUGGGGGUCCUCACAGGAUGAUUUCAAAUCACUCUUUUCCGGAGACUCAGUUCAUUGCAGUGACUGCAUAUCAGAAUGAAGAGGUUACAGCUCUGAAGAUCAAGAACAAUCCUUUUGCAAAAGCGUUCCUGGAUGCCAAAGAAAGAGCCAGUUAUAAGGAUUGCACAGAUGAUCUUUCUGAAAAUCAGCACAUAAGUUACCCUCAUAUAAGCAGCUGGUUGAUUCCCAAUGCUGAGGCCAUUUGUACACCAACAAAUCCAAGCUAUCAAUAUUGUGCUGCUUUACCACUGCCUGGUGCCCAUGGGUACCGUAGCUGUGAACGCUAUCCCUCAAGGCGUAGGCACCUUGCCAGUCCAUAUCCAACAUCCUACAUUCAUAGAAAUUACUCAACAGUGUCUAUUUCAGAAAACUCCAGCAACAGUCUUCAGGCUUUACCUGCGCAUGACAACUGGUCAACAUUGCCACCUCCACCAUAUGCCAACAUGUUACCAGUGACUCAUACAGCUGGAACUGGAUCCAAUGCCAGCCACUAUACAUGCCACUGGACAGUUGGUAAUGGUUCUGUGACCCCAACCAACACACUGAGCUCAACUUCUGGAAACCCUCAAAGCCCAUUUAUUGGAGGAAACCUGAGUUUGCCAACAACUCCCUCAUCCUUGGCCACUGUGACAAGUUCAAGUGAAACAGCAAUUGAGGUGCUCAGUGAAUCUCCACUUGCUAGACUGGCGGUGUCAUCGUGGAGUUCAGCUUCUUCCUCAUUCUGAUGGUGCAACAUACAUCAGAUUUGAUUGGUGUAGUUAUCUAUUUCAGGAUGACUGGAAAUUAAAACAGCUUCUACUGUCCUAUAUAUUUAUCAAGUUUAGUUUUAGGUAUUUCUGCCAUGAGUUGCGGGUGAGAAUGGUUUCUAAGGGAAUAACUGGUGCACUAGGUUAAAAGGUAACCGAGGAAAGAAGCGUUUCUGGCUAAAAAUCCCCACCAGCUAAGAUGAAUCCCAAACAAGCAUAAUGGAUGAUCAUAAUUCAGAUUCGACGGAAUCUAAGAUUAAAUUACAAAAUUUUAUACUGAUCUCAAAAUCUGAAGGUGUUAUAAUGAUUGCCAACUUGUCCAAUGUAUUCUUCGUCAGACUACCACGUUUCAACCAAUGUAAAUUUGAGGUCACCUAAAAAUCUGCAUCCAAACUCUCACCAAAUCAUAUUCAGCCAUUGCACCUAUGCUCACUACGUUGUCUCCUUAAGCAACAAUUCCAUUUAGAAAUUCUCUUCCUUCGUUGUUCUCAAAUCCCUGCAUGAUUUCUGUUUGCCAAUUUUUAAUGUCCUGCAGCCUACCAGCCCACUGAGGUAUCUGUGCUCCACACAAUCUGAUUGCUUGAGCAUCUUCUGUUUUAAGUGAUCCAACUUUGGAGCUGUGCCUUCAGCUGUCAAAAUAUUGAACUGAAAUCUUUUUCCCCAAAUUUCUUGGCAUUUAUCCUCCUUUCAGGCCCUCUGGAAUACCAUCCUCUUCGAGUUUUGUGGCUCAGAAUCAUUUUUUGAUUCAUGCUGCUUGACAAAACAUUUUAUAAAUGCAAGGUAUUAUUGUUAAAGUGAAAAUAAUGUAGUAGGGCUACAGUCAGAUUAAAUUUGCAUUAUAACUAGCAUGCCAAUAUCAAAUUUGGGUGUGCUUAAUACUGAGACACUGUAAAUAAAAAGAUUGAGUUCUAGUGACAUGUUUUCUCUUAAUCUCAAAACACUUUAUAGCAGAAAUUGACAUGGAGUUUCCAGUAGGUUGUGUUUACUGUAACUGCAAUUUGUCCAGUGUGGCCAAUGUGAACUAUUGAGGACUCCCAGCUUAGAUUGUCUUCACUACAAAUGCAGUUUCUACCUUUCUUGUGCUGAAAGCAGUUCUUGCUCAUAAAAUUGGCCAAAUAUCCCAAAUCCAAUUAACCACCAUAACAUAUUUCUGCUAAUUGUCCUUAUUUAUAGGCCUAAGGAAGAUCUUACUAUUAAGACUUUUUGUACAGAAAAGGAUGCUAAUCAGCACAGAAUCAAAUAUUCAUUUCAGCACAAAGUAGGGCUGUUUGACCCAUCAUGUCCAUGCCAGAGGAAUUUGCCUUGCACCGGUCCGUCCCUGUAACGUUAGGUUACUUCCACUUCAGAUGAUGGUCUUAUCCUCCGAUGAAAGCCAUAACUGAGACUGCCUUUACCUUAAAAGAUGAUUAUCUUUUAAAAGCUCCUCAAUAUUUAAUGUACUAAAACUUUUAUGCUGUGAUGAAAUUAAUAAAUGGAUCACUAUGGUUUUCUUUGUAUACAACUGAAAUUACAUUUAAUCAAGUUAUUCAAUACUGGAGGAGCAACAAUCUGACUAAAAUACUUAUUAUUUUGUUCUGGACCAAUUUUAUGUGCAUGAAUAAAACUAGACUACUUUGCUGUCUAUAUCAAGAAAAACUUCUUAAACAAGGGGAAAAAAGCAAUUGUAUUAGAAAACACAGGACUGUUGUGCUGGCUAAUGAGUGAUUAUAUGUUAUGCCAAUAAGUUAGAAGUCAGAAUAAAGGAAUCAAUUCCAAAAGCUGGCACAAUCUGCACCCAAAAUGGAAACUCACUCCCACCCUGUAAAAUAGCAUAUUCACAUUUUUAAGUUGAAUAUGUGCUUCAAAAUGACCAUGAAAAUAUUUCAUCUAUUGAUCAAUUCAGUACAGGAAAGACCUUAACACUUACUAAUGGAGAUGAUUUUGUUUGGUUAC